AUCCACUCUCCACUAGUCAUGCAUAAAAUGUAAUUUAUUCAAUUUUGAAGACUUUUAACAACACCACUCAAAGAACAUUAUUAAGCUUAAUUAUUCCCCCCUUUUUUUCCUUGUUCUAACUGAGCCACCACAUUCUUACACAUUUCUCAAUCACAUUCUUCAUAGAAGGGAUUGAUUGAGGAAAAAAAAGAUGUGUCCUCUAAGGCUCAUUCUCGUAUUCUUGUCCGCAACUCUCGCCGGUUUCUUCGUCCUCAGAAAUUUCAGAUCUCAGCCUAAGAUCGACGAUGAGGACGACGCUGAUACUACCCUUCCUUCGGACCCUAAAAUCUCAGAUUCUUCAAAUGAAAAUUCCAAGGUUAGGGUUGCGUUAGAAUCUGGGUUUUGGACCUUUGUGGAUAUGGCUAGUGGGCGUUAUCUUUGGAGGCAUGUGGUCUCAUCAUCUUCAAAGCGCUCUAGCUGAUGAUGUUUUCUUUGUGGUUGGAUUUGGGUGAUUGAUCAAUAUCAUUGACUUUGAUAUUGUGAUUUUUGGGUCAACUUGCACGCUUUGUAAUCUGUAUCAUAUUUGAUGUUCAUAGUAUUGUUGUUGGUUUUGAAUUUGCAAUACAAAUAAUGAUGAUGAUAAUGAUGAUAAUGAUGAUAAUGAUAAUGAAUACCCAUUUUCUUUUUGUUAAGUUGAUGUUCAUAUAAAUAUGUCCUUUAACUGUUUCUGUUAUGAUUGUUAAGUUGCUUCUUGUUUUCAUGUAAGUUGUGGAUUGAAUGUGGGGUUUUGUAUUGGAUUCUUGCUUCAUUAAUCGUGAGGAUGGAAACUUUUGCGGUGUAUCAAAGAAAUUUGAUAGUCUGUUUGGCUA